AUGUGGCUAUGGCUCACUCUGCUUGCGCCAGCGCUACUGGACGCGUCGAACGCUAACGAGCGCAACUUGUGGGCUGCUCUCAAGCACGUGACAGGACUGACGGACACCGAGUUGUCUCAUUUUGCCGAUGAGCUUCUCUCCUUGCACCCGCCAUCGCAAAAAAGUCUUUGGCAGGCCAAGGUUCACUGCACUCUCGGGACUUGUGCCCCAGAAACAACGAGUCGUCUUAUUGCUGCUUUGGGUGAAGGUGGGCUGCUGCCGUCCAGGACCUUCGAACUGUUCCCCGGCGAUCCUCUCUAUGAGUUCUGGAAGGAAUCGGACAAGCAGGAAUUUCACUCCUGGGUCGAUGGGGAAGCUUCAGAGGAAGAGACGAUUGACUCCUUGAUACCUGAAGGCCAACCCUUGGCAUCUGGCCGAAUUCAAGCAGCUGACUUUACGUGGAAGGCGAAGAAGUUGGUCUCAAAACUCCUUGGUCCGGCGAAAGCCACCUUCGGCGCCUUAGGCCGGUGUUUGGAAUGGGACACGCCCUUUUACACCAUCAAAGCCUUUGGGCCACUUUGUUUUCGACACGAUGUGCUUCAGUAUGCCGAUCCUCGUAUCGGUCGCCCGGAGAAGAUGCAGACCUACCUCAAGGGCACAAGGGUCAUGGCGCUGGACGUGCUGCACCCGCCAUCCUGGAUGCCAACUGACUAUGGCCUUGUUGUGUGCUUCUUUGUCCUGGAGCAUGUCCCGGACCCUCACCAAGCUGCGCGCGGCAUUGCACAGUUGCUAAGCCCAGGUGGAUUUCUCUUGCUGGGUGCUCCCUUUAUCGAUGGUGUGCAUGGUUGCCCGGACGAUUUUUUCCGCUAUACGCCCCACGGGCUGCGGAAGGUGGCAGAAGGAGCCAAGCUCGAGGUGCUGCUGGAAUUCUCUCCUGGAAAACCGGUCGCUGCUGCAGGGGACUUCAUCGGUAUGCGAUCUUCUUACUGGCGCACGGAGGAUCUACUGCAGUUCUCAGACACACACCCAAUGAACGUGUUUCUCUUGGCAAGAAAGCCCAUGUUGCCGCGUCAAAGGCGAGCUUGGACGCAAUGGACGCAACGCAAUCACUCUGAGUGGGCGCAAGAGACAAAGCAGUGA